CUGACCGUAAACAUGGCGGACUGUGUCGAAACAAGAUUCGACGCGGCAGUAAAUGUGGUGCGAUCAAUGCCAAAAAAAGGUUCUUACAAGCCAUCUUACGAAACGAUGUUGAAGUUUUAUGCACUUUACAAGCAAGCUAAGGAGGGACAAUGUUUUGAAUCAAAGCCUGGAAUUUGGGAAUUUGUGAACAAAGCAAAAUGGGAGGCAUGGCAUGGCUUGGGUAAGAUGUCAAAGCAAGAGGCUAUGGAAUCCUAUGUCUGUGAACUAAAACAGGUAAUGGAAAACUUACCAGAAAGUGAAGAGGCAGCAGAUUUUAGUGAAGUGCUGAAGACUUUUUACCAAGCAGUGUAUGAAGGCCAAGAGGAGAAACCUCCAGCAAUUCUUAAAAUCUUUGAGAAAGAAAAUGUUCCAGAAAAGAUCAAAGCAAAAGGAAAAUUAAAAUCAAAUUCACAUCAUACGCUGCAGGAUAAAAAUGUUCUGAAUGGUUAUGGCAAUACACACAAGGUAAAUGGGACAUGUGAAGAGUUUCCUUGUGGGGUAAAUGGAUUCCCUCACAAAGAUAGCAUGGAUAUGGAAUCGCAAUUUCCUCACAGGGAUAGUUUAGAAAUCAGUAAGAAAGCAAGCAUGGAUUUAAAGCGGAGACUGCAGUUUUCAAAAGCAGUGAAUCCGGUGCUUAUUAUAUCUUCGGAUGAAUUAAAGGAAUGUGAUGAAGAAGAUGAAAAUGAUGAUAAUGAUAGUGGAAUUCAAAAUGGAAUGUUUGAAGUUCCACCUUUGAGACCAAGUGAUACUGAGCCAACAAGACCAAAAGGAAAGAGUGGAGUUGUUCUGACCAGUGAUGAAAGUGAAGAGGAUGAAUUUUGCGACUCCUUAGAUCCUGAGCAUCUACAAGAAUUACAAAAUGGAAAUCAUGUGGAAAGCGAACUGCCAGAUCUUGAUGAUGCAUUCAAAAGGGUUGAUUUGACAAAGAGUAAGAGUCCCAAUGGGUCCCCUGAACAUGCCACAAGUUCGACAAUGUCAGAAUCUGAAAAUUCAGAUUUAGAGAGUGGAGCUUUGAGAUUUGGAGAUUUGGAGCUUUUAACAAGUACACCAUUUGCUAAACAUGUGACUUUUGCCAUGGAUGAUACUGAAUCCAGUACAGCUACUGUGGUUAAUUCAGACUCGUCUCGGGUUGAGCCCUCAGUCACUGCUGAGGAAUGCGUUUCUGAAGUCUCUCCUGUUCUGGAGAAUGGACUUGGUCAAACCAGUGCAGUUGGACAAGAGUAUGAGUCAUUUCAACCUUUUGAUCAAGCACCCAAAAAUCCAUCAGGAAUCCUUAAGUCACAUUAUUCUGUGAGAGAAUGCGGCGGAGGUGAUGCUUCCCAACAGCCAUCUGGGCGUGGUCAUGGAGGGCGGACAAGGCAGUCACAAGGAACCAGAACCAAGGAAGGGUCCAGCUCUGGGAGUGGAGUAAGUCAUCCAUCAAGGCGGCACAGACGAAGGAGUGACAGUGACAGUGAGGAUGAAUUGACAAGUGAUCAUACAAGUGGCCCAGACUACGACUCGGCAGGUGACAGGGAUGAAAUCAACGAAAGGAUCCUACAAGCUCUUGAAAGGCUUCAUCAGGACAUGAAAAGUGUGCUGAGGAGACUUAACACCAUGGAGGAAGCAGUCUUGUCUAGACAGGAUUUAGUUGCUAGAUCUGAGCAGCCAUGGUGGAAAUCUUACAUUCCAUCAAAGCCUUUGAUGUUCCUUGUCCUGUGGCCAUUCAUUGUGAACAUUGUCUUCUAUUACUUUAGACAAAGAAAGCAGAGUUCACAGCAAAGAUAAUGAUCACAAGCCUACUCCAACUCACAAUAACUUAUGGCAAAGCCAUGGUGUGCAAGUUUGUUGUUCAUUGAGGGAUGACUUCUCAAUUUUGAAAUUCUGUUGUACAGUCAAGAAAGGGGAAUCACGAAAUGUUAGAGUGCAAAGUUCACCUCCAAAGAAUUUCUUCUCUGCUACUGAAUAUGAACAAAAACAACUACAACCAAAAAAACAGGGCUAAGUUUUUGGUACCAUCACAUUUAUUAACUCAGUCAGGCAAGUACUGGUACUGUGAUGGUGAAAGACCAUUUCAUAAAAUAUUAAAUUAUAUUUAAAGUUUUUUCCAAUUUUAGAAAUUAAUUUUAUUAAUGCUCUUAAUGUUUAGAAGAAAUGGGAACUAGUCUGAUCAUGGGGUCAAAGAGACCACCCUGUUGAUUUGUCGUACUGGUGUAGCUUGUUGUUUCAUUAAAUUAAGAAUUGUUUUGCUUUGAACCCCAAACUCGUUCGGAAGAACACUCAAGGCAACACAAACACAUCAAUUGAAGUUGGUGAUCAAAUUCAUUCAUUCAUAAUUCAGUCACCCUUAGUACCUUUAGUAUAUAUUAAAAAAAAAAAAACAUUCAUUUUGCUUGUCCAGAGUUCUGUCACAUAACUUGAUGUAGUUAGGUAUAAAAGUAAUUUUGUAUUUAUUUAAUUAAUUUAUUGGGUACUGAUCAUAACAUACUUCGCAUAUUUUCUUUACCUUUCAAUUCCAAAUAAUGACCGCCCUCAUUCCCAGGGUCUCUCAUCUUUCAGGGGGCAGGAAGAUGAGAGACCCUGAGAACAAGAUUGAACAGUGAUUGGCAUCUUAUUUCUCCUUACAGUAACACUUCUGAAUUAAACAUUAAAAUCAGGAGGAUCAAGGAAA